CAGUCACCCUCCCGCACUCCCCUUUCAUUUUCAAGUGCUGACAAGCUCCAAGCCAGGAACUCGGCCUGCCCAGGCAGCUGACAGGAAAUGAUGCUUGGCUCCCUUGGCCCUCGGGUGGAGGGGAACUUUCUCACUUAGCUGUUGCACCCUGACUGUGCGGGGCUUCUCCUGAGGGGCCUUUUCCUGCAGCUGGGCAGGCCGGGACAGCAGAGAUCUGAGAACUGGACAGGGCGGCUGCAGAGAGGACUUGCUCCCCAGUGCUUCCAUCCUGGCUGGGACGCAGUGGUGAGGGGCUGGGCCUGCCCUGCUCCCUGCCACUCACGGAACAGCUUCACUGCAGGAUCCAGGGCUUCAGUUCAUCAGCUCCUGUCCAGCCCUGAGGCCAAGAAGAGCCGCCCUGCCAGAUGCUGGGAGCCCGUCACUCACACUCCAGCGCUGCCCUGCUCUCCGCCCUCGUCCUCCUGCAUGUUCAGGCUGCAGCGGCUGUGAGUUUCCCGGUGCUGGUUCCUGCCGUCCCCCUCUCCGCCCCACUGGGGGGCACUGUGCUGCUGCCCUGCCACCUCUCCCCCGCGCUCAGCUCCCAGGCCAUGCAGGUGAAAUGGAGCCGGCCCCAGCUAGGCCAGGACGUCCACGUGUACCUUCCGGAUGGGAGCGAGGUGCAGGGUGAGAAGUACCGGGGCAGGACGGAGCUCCUGCGGGACGGGAUCCAGAGCGGCAGCCUGGCCCUGCGGAUCCGGAAUCUCACCCUGCAGGAUGAAGGGUGCUACCUCUGUGACUUCCAGUCCAACAGCACCGUUGGCAAUGCCACACUGGAGCUCCGUGUGACAAGCUCUGGCUCGGACCCCCUCCUCCACAUUGGUGGAUACGAUGGCAAGCAGAUGAACGUGACAUGUCUCUCUGUGGGGUGGUACCCGAAGCCGAAGAUGCUCUGGAGAAAUGGCCAUGGGGAGAGACUGACCCUAUCUAAGGAGGAAAAAAUCUCCAGAAACUGGGGCCUCUUUGAUGUCUCCAGCUCCGUGGUAGUGACCAAGCACUCGGACCCAACACUGAUCUGCGCUAUCAGACCCGGCUCACCCGGCCCAGAGAAAGUCUCAGUCAUUCUCAUCUCUGAUGACUUUUUCCCCCAAGUCUCCUCUUGGAAGGUUGGCCUCUUCUUGUUCCUGUCAGUGUGUGUUUGCCUCCUCUUCUUGCCUACCUGCUACUUAUGGAGGGUUCAAAGAGCUAAAAGGAAAUCCUCCAAUUUAACCACAAAGACCUGAUGGAUUGUUCGAUACAGGGGAAAGGAAAUCACAGCCCUACAUUGGUGUCAAUUGUUUUAAAGCAACACACCUGCUCUGCUCCCCCAGCUAGCAUUAUUUUCAUUAUAUGUAUUACAAAUACACUUAUGUGACCCAACCAAGAUCAGGGCCCUGUAAUGUCAGAUACUGCACAGACACCCAGUGACCUAGAAUAGGGCCCUGUCGCACCGGCGCUGCACAGACACACAGUGACUGAGAUCAGGGCCCCGUCGUGCCGGCGCUGCACAGACACACAGUGACCAAGAUUCAGAGCCCCGUUGCACGGGGCGCUGCACAGACACACAGUGACCGAGAUCAGAGCCCCGUUGCACCGAGCACUGCACAGACACACUGUGACAGAGAUCAGGGCCCCGUCGCACCAGGCGCUGCGCAGAUAUAUAGUGAUGGAGAUUUGGACCUCAUUGUGCAGGGCACUGCGCACACACAGUGUUAAGUUGUCCAAGGUAACAGGUGUCCAUCUCAGUCAACUACAUACAAUUAUUUACGAAAGGCAGGGAAAAUUAAAGGCAGACUGAAUUAGUUCAAACACAAUGGCCAAGCAAUACCACCAAGGAGUGUGCUGAGAGUGUGACUGGUAAAUAAGAGGAGAAUGGAACCAGAAAGGAAUGGAGCAAAACAGGCUGUUGGAAAUUUGGCUUAAUUGGUGGACAAAAUAAUGAGGGGGGGGGCUGUUCCCUCCAUCAUUCUCUUUAAGGGUCCUGAGGAAGAGUCUUUGGUGGGGAGUCACAAUGGUGGAAGCUGAGUGGACUGGAAGGAGUCAGGCCUACCAACAUGUCUGCCACCGCCACCGUCUCUUGGGAGCUUAGGAUCUACCAUUACACUGUGGGGCCCGCACUGUCCUGAUCCUGAGUGCAGUCCCAGCCAGACUGACCCAGACUGCCACCUCCACUGGCUUUGGCUAAAUCCUGAACAGCAUCUGGGACAUGAGACUUGGGUCUUUGUGGCCACCUGCCCCCUGUGUGUCCUUUUCCUUCCCUCCUCAUUAUUUCUCUGUCCUAUUCCUUUUCUUUUUGCCUUCUGUUUAAUGAGAGUUUGGCUUAGCUGCCCAAGACUGUAUAUUUUGCAAUACUGCCGUGAGCCUGUGACCAGAGAGGCAGCUAAAAGCAAUGCCCUAAACUGGCCCAACGCUGGUACAAGGUCUCGGAGUGGCUGAUGGGACCGUGUGCUGGACCUGUGUUUCUCCAUAGUGAGUUUGUGAGUGCGAGUUAACACUUGAGACAGAAGCUACAUUUUCUCUCCCGGCUGUUCUUUCCUUUCCUGUCUUAAGUGUAUUUGUCUUGUUUUGUCUUAAAGGAAGCAGGAGCAGAUUCUAGCAACAACAGCUUCAGCCCAUCUCAGCUCAACUUUUGUUUAUUCCCACAAAUGGACAGUUUAAUACUCUCUGUAAUACCAGCUGAAGGACUGUCAAAUGGCCAGAACUCUCUCCAGCGAAAGGGAAAGGGGGCAAGGGAUGUUGUUACCACAAAAAUCUCCCUUAACAGUUUACAUUUCAAAGGCUGGGCCAUUUUCCCUUCUUUUUCUGUCUCUUUAAUAAAAGGUUACACUGA